UUUAAAAAUAAAAUGAAAGAAAACACACGAAAGAGAAGGAGGUGUAUUUAAAUUUUAAAACGUCCUAACCGUUAUUCAGUGUAAGCUUGAGUUCGAAGAUAUCAAAAAUGUAUUCUCAAAGUCUCAGUCUAAUCAUAAUUUUUAUCGCUUUAAUUUGUGGAGAAGAAGUCACCGAGCAGGUUAAUUCUGUUAACAUUUCUCGCUUAUACAAAAGCAACCCACAUUGGGUACCUUCGAAUGGAAGAUUGGUGCCUGAUGGCGGUUCAGAUGUUAUGCUAGAACAAAAAAAAUGCGGUGAAGGACCUAUGAAAGGAAUUCAAAUUUGCGUACACUAUAAUAGAUGCGAUCCCAUUACAAAAGAAAUUAUUCCAGAAACUGUAACACGAAUGAGGGGUCUUUCUCUGUUUCCAAUUGGAACUGAAUGUCCCGAACUUUUGGAUAUAUGUUGUACUAUACCAGAAAAAGAUAGAACAACAACCACCUCAUCAACUACAACAGAAUUAACUCCAACUAAACCAACUCCACCUAUUCCUACAUUUAAACCAACUACAUUGAAACCAACCAGACCAAAACCAACUCAGCUACAACUUAGUUACUGUGGAAUAAGAAAUCCUAACGGUCUUAAUACUCCUAAUGUAGGUAACGACAGUGACGAAGCCCGAUAUGGGGAAUUUCCUUGGGUAGUCAUGAUUUUCAAAACUGAUUAUGAUUCUAAUGAGUCUCGCUCGAUUUGUGGAGGAUCAUUAAUUUCCCCGGCGGUCAUUUUGACAGCCGCCCAUUGUGUACAAAACUAUGUAAACAAUUUGGAUAAAAUAAAAGUUCGCGCUGGCGAAUGGGACAUUUUAUCGGAACAAGAGUCAUAUCCGAAACAAGAUCGCGGUGUCUCACAAAUAAUUAUCCACGCUAAUUACAAUCAAAAUAGUGGAGAAAACAACUUCGCUUUAAUUUUCCUUGAAACUCCUUAUACCAGAGCGGAAAAUAUAGGAACGAUUUGUUUGCCACUAUAUAGACAAGUUAUUUACUCCAAAAAUUGUUUUACUGGUGGAUGGGGAAAGGAAAACGCGCAUUCAAGUUAUUCAAAUAUUUUGAAGAAAAUCGAACUACCAAUCGUUUCGUGUGAUAUUUGCCAAAAAGAACUGCGUAAAACAGAACUUGGACCUAGCUUCGUCCUACCCGAUACUAUGAUAUGUGCUGGAGAAUAUGGUAAAGAUACAUGUACGGGUGAUGCUGGAGGUCCGUUGGUUUGUCCAGACCCAUACAAUCCGAAGAGAUACGUCCAAGUUGGUAUUGUGGCUUGGGGAGUUGGAUGCUUUGAAGCUCCUGGGGUUUAUUCUGACGUAGCUAGCGCUCGACAUUGGAUAGAUGCUGUAAUGGCUGAUAAAGGUUAUAAUCCAAUUCCAUAUUCAUAAUCAAAUAAAAACAUGUUGUAAUGCUUUGAAUACAAUUAUUGAGAUGAAAAUAAAAAAAAUUUUAAUUAUGA